UAAGGUAUAUGGUUUUGUAUAGAGCAGAGAGCAGCUAUUCAAUGACAUAUGUUGCAUUAUUACUUGUUCUGAAUGGGCGAUUUUUUAUAUUCUUACGAAGAUUCAAAGCCUUGUGUCAAAUGUAAAUUUCUUUUGUAUAACUAAGUAUGGCAAGACUCAAGCGCUUAAUAACAAGAGCACAUUUUAUACGUGUCUUUGUUGUUAUGUUCGUGCUAAUGUGUGGCUAUCAGCUCCGCCAUCAUAUCGAAGACUUCGUAUACAAGAAUUACUGCGCAGAGCCACUUACGAGCACGGCGAAUGAUGCGAGGAACUUCGGACAGUGCCGUAUUCCGAAGAUCGACCCGUUCCACGUCGACGUCAUGCCAUUAAUUAAAAGCUAUGGCAAGCCUUUACAAUGCAAGACCAAGAUGAGAGCAACCUUAUCUAGGGGUAAACUAGAGAUUUUUGGUUCAGACGUUGUCAGCGCAUCGUAUCAAACCGUGCAUCGCCCUCAUAACGACGAUUUUAGGUGGGAUUUGGGCAAGCCAGUAACCGUGAAGGGAAAAACAGCAGCCAUUUCAGAUGAUUUCAUCGAAUUAACUUUAAAACUUGCGAACGGUGAUUUACUCAAAGAACACCUACUUCAAAUCAGCUCUAAAGCUGCUGAAAGACAGCCGAUUAACAGUGAACUGAAUUUAAAUAUUCUGAUAUUUGCCAUGGACUCGACCUCACAUGGCCAUGCUCAACGAAAACUUCCGAAAUCGUACGCUUAUAUACGAGAUCAACUUCAGGGAUAUGUAUUUACGGGACACAGCGCCGUGGGCGAUGGGACCACGGAACAGCUUGCAGCACUCCUCACAGGCAAGGGGGAGCGGGAACAGCCGGAGGCAAGACGGGGGAUGCCCGGAGCAAAAGUUGUCGAUGGCUGGGAUUGGAUAUUUAAGAAAGCCAAAGCGCACGGGUAUUACACAUCGUAUGUCGAAGACGCCCCAUCCGUCGGUGCGUUUAACUACAGGCUACUUGGAUUCAAAGAUCCACCAACAGAUUUUUAUCCCAGAGCUUUCUUGCUGGCCGCUAAGAAGCAACUGGAUGCUAUAUUAGCAAGCAAUGAAGAGGAAAGACAGGACAAGAGAAGACGCUUCUGCUAUGGUAGUCAAAAGGUCCAUCGGUAUCAUUUUGAUAUAGCGAGGCAAAUGUAUGACCUGUAUCGCUUCAGAAAGAAGUUCCUGUUUCAUUUUACAGACAUUACCCACAGUGAUUUCAAUGCCGCAGAAUACCUCGAUGAAGACUUGCUCGACUUUUUGACAGAAUUCCAUCACAAAGGCCACCUUAGGGACACUCUAUUGAUUGUGAUGGGAGAUCAUGGCUGGCGCUAUGGAGACUUUCGCCAAACGGUUCAGGGCAAACUUGAAGAAAGACUACCCCUCUUCACAAUCAUCUUACCAACGACAUUCAGAGAAAAAUACCCAAAUUUAGACCAAAAUUUGAAAACCAACACAAAAAGACUCACCAGUUGGUUUGAUGUGUACAAGACUUUAUCACACGUUCUAGUGUAUCCAAAAGAGCCAGAUAGCUCGAUACACGGUACGAGCCUGCUGAACGAAGUUCCAGCGGUUCGUUCGUGUAAAGAUGCGCACAUCCCAUCGCAUUGGUGCCCGUGUUUGCAAUGGACCGCGGUCAACCCGCACCACAAUCACGUACAACGUGCUGUGUUACAUACCGUUAAAUACAUCAACUCUAUAAAUUCCCGUGACCCAUUAGGAGCGUGGCAUUGCGCUCCACUAACGCUUGGGGAAGUAAAACACUCCGAGGUGGAAACACCGUCGAAUGAGGUGCUGAGGUUCUUUGAGUCGGGUAAAGACGGCUACGAGCCUGUAAAUGGCUAUAAAACCGGAACAAAGGACCAAUGCAACUAUCAAAUUACAUUUCAAACUUUACCAAGUAACGGUAUUUUCGAAGCAAGCGUAAAGUAUGAUAAAGGGGAAUUUCGUGUCGAGGGGGGUGUUAGUAGGAUAAACGAAUACGGAGACCAGCCGAAAUGCAUAGCUAGACUGUUGCCACAUUUAAGGAAAUAUUGUCUUUGCAAGUAGGACUGCCUUGUAUGCGCAUAGUACGCAUUGCGGUGCAACAAAUUGUUUCCAGAUAAGAAAUAUGUUGGUGAUGCAUGGGGA